AUGUCGUUCAAGGACUAUCCAUCGCUAGCCCCAGAAGAGUUUGCGGAAGCGUGCCACCACUUUGACAGCCAAUACUGCCGCGCGACCUUGGGUCCCCUUCGACAGCGAUGGAAAAUGAUGGUCUGCACGGCGCUAGACACCUCCUUUGCGAUGGGCGUUGAGUACACAACCUACCUGCAAAUUAUCCGGCCGCUGGAAGCUACACUGGACUGCGGUGAUCUCUCCUCGGUUCUGGACAAGUUCUCGUUUGGAGACGGAGAGGCGCCUGGAUUAAAUGACGAGGCUAUGAUAGAUGCUGAAGAGACUGAUGAGGCCGCCCUUUCCAAGCCGCGCGUCCCAGACGUCGGACAUGUUGUCUAUGAGGUUCACUUGCACCCGACGUAUCGGAUGCCAUGCCUGUGGUUCACGUUGCACGGGCUGCCAGCAGACGAGCCAGCCUUCAAUCUCGAUACAGUCUUUCGGAGGCUAGUACCCGACGAAUACAAGGACGCCCUCCGCAAGACGGGCGGCAUCGGAGGCAUUUCCGCCGAUCAUCACCCCCUGACGGGACUUCCCUCUUUCUUCAUCCAUCCAUGCCUCCUCGGAGACGCCAUGUCGGGGUUCGACUGUUCCAAGGAGCAGUACAUGAUGCUCUGGCUGGGCCUGGUCGGCGGUUGCGUUGGGCUCUGGGUGCCCAAGGAGAUGGCCAUGGAUUCCUCCGGUUGA